AUGUAAUUUUUAUUCACAACACUUUUAGAGUAAGCAUACUCAGACCAAAGUGAGGCUACUGAUAUUUAAUCAUAAGAAUUCAGUUCGCAAUUGUAGAUCUAAUAGAAUUCAUUGUCUUAUUCAUCCUAAAAGUCAAUGGAAAAAAAUAGAUACUUGAUUAUUACUACAUCUCAAGAAAUUGCAGAAAAAAUUGAUAAAGAUUAAUAAAGUAUUACUUUGAAUUCAAUAAAUUCAAUAAAUUCGGUUAAUAAAUAGAUUUAUUAUGUUCUUAAUUAAUAAAGGAGAAUGAAAUAUUAAAGAAGCUUAUUGAUAUCGAAGCAGAAAGGAAGGUAAAUAGAGUUAUGA